AUGAGUUGCACCGCCAGUGAUGACAGCGACGACAGCGACCACAUCGACAGCCAAGACGUCUCACUAUACGCCACACCAAUGACUUCCUUAAACACAUCACUCGUCGGCUCCACACGAAUCGACUCUUCACUCUUCGACACCCUCUCCAGUCAGUCCACCGCCAGUCACGCCGUCGACGGCUCCACCAGAGACUCAAUGCCGCCCUCCGUCGCCACCGACUCCACACUCAGGCCAACACUCGCGCCAACCGAUGACUGCCUCCACACCACCGAUCAAACACACGAUGAGUCUUCCCUAUGGUUUGACAGACAAUCGAUGUCCACAUUUGACCACCAAAUGAAGGACAUGAAGGACAGCAACAGACGUGUGUUACUCAAGAGAUUGGUCUGUGAGCUGAAUGGCGAGCACAUGGAGCUCAUGGCUAUUCAACAUCAGAUGCAAUCACUGAGUAUUAGAUGCAAAACAAUUGGCGAUAAUAUUGUCUCGAAAACUAAUUUUAUGAAUUCGUUAAUCAAUGAUAUGAUCGUCACUCCGAAGCCGAACGCACACAAAGAAACGCAAACCGAUCUCAAAGAUAUUGAUCCCAAAGCCAGUGAUCGCAAUAAAUGUGCCUCUAAUAGCGUGUCUGCAAACCACACCAUUCCCUCCAAGUCUUAUCUUUCAGUGAUGUCUGAUGUGUCCGAAAGUGAGAAUCCGUCCAAAUCUGAUCUCAUCUCAAAUCAAAGCAACGAUUUUUCACAUUUGUCGGACCAGACAAAGAACUCAUUCACUCGAUUACCGGCUUUAGUUAAGGGUUAUCUCACGCGAAGACUCAUGAAAACAGAGAAAGUAAUGCAAAAAAUCGAUACAAUCCGAGAGAUAACGCAACUGUUGGCGACCUAUCAUAACAUUCCCAUCAGAUCCCGGAAGAUCUCUCACGAAGACAUUAAUUUCCACAAACGUUUGAUAAUUCAAUUGCAGAACAGUUGCCGUGAAUUCUAUGAUAUAUUCUUCAGUUAUUCAAAAUCGGCACAAAUGGCACUCAUCUGUAGAUCGCGUGAACAGAUUCUCGACCGAUACUUCAGAAUGGGUUCCGUUUUAUCCAAUUACAGUCAUUUAACCCAAAAUUGUGACCUAAACUCAUCGCAAACCAAACCAUUGUCUUCGGCCACAAAACGAGUUUUGGAGCGAAAAACUCAUUCAAAGGAUGGGUCAUCACAACCAAAACAAUCUCACAAAAAGAUUUUGUCCCCAAAGCCAAUCGCUUCCACAUCGAGUUCUACAGUGUUUAGGGAUACAAAAAAUUUACCAAAGAAUUCGAGCCGUCGUUCACUUAAUAAACAGCUCAAUAAGAAUCCACAAACUGUCAAACGAAACAUUACAUUCAUUAAGAAAUAA